UUAGCUUUUCAAGUUUUUCCCGCCAGAUUACAACUCUUGCCGCCAUUUUGAUGCAAGCUAUGUUGUUCGACUGAAAAACCGCUCAAUUUACCAUACAACUUCACUGGAUCGCGUUAAAAAGAUAAAAUAGGGGUUCUUCAGAGUCGAGAAGAGACCUGAGUCCGUUUUGGAAUGGCAAAAGUGAAUUUGAUAUCAGUGAAUGUCCACGAAAAUCCUACUAGCUUUCUAGCGCCGUUAAGAUUCGAAGUGACGUUCGAAUGCACUGAGGAGAUAACAGACGACUUGGAUUGGAAGAUAAUCUAUGUUGGGUCAGCGGAAUGCUCAGACUAUGACCAAGUCUUGGACUCAGUCCUGGUAGGGCCUGUACCCAUCGGCAGACACAUGUUUGUGUUUGAGGCUAAUCCCCCCGACCCCAAGAAGAUUCUUGAUCAGGACAUAUUAGGAGUCACUGUCCUGCUUCUAACAUGUUCCUACAGGGAAAGAGAGUUCGUUCGUGUGGGAUAUUAUGUCAAUAAUGAAUAUAACAAUGAGGAAAUGAAAGAAAACCCACCAUCAAAACCAGUUAUUGAAAUGUUGCAGAGAAACAUAUUAUUAUCAGAACCAAGAGUAACAAGAUUCAAUAUCAACUGGGAUGACUAGAUAGUCUGUGCAAUAGUAUGUUAUGUAGUUGGACAAGUAGCAGAAUACUGUAUGUAUGAUAUACAAAGACUGGGCAAUCACUGUAGAUUAUCUACAACACAUGACAUUACAUAUUUUGUAGAGUUUCUUGCAACUUUUAUUAAAAAAAGGCUAUUACAAUAUUACUCUAUGAUACUCAACUUUACUGUAAUAUCCAGGAAACAGUCAUUCAGUGUCGUGUCUGUUUUAACUAGGUUUUAAAAUUUCCCUGGCUUUUGGCUUUUUCUUAAGACAAAUAUGUGGCCUCUUAGUGAAUAUGAGCAAUUGAUACUUUUUUUGGUACCCACAUGCAAAAAUAUAAUUAUAUUUUUUAAAGGAAAUUAAUGAUAAAACUGUUCUUGAUUGAAUGUAUAAAAAAAACUAUACUUUAGCGCUCCAGUUGUGACACAAAUUUGAAUCAAGGCAUCAGCUCAGAAAAAGCCAGGAUUGAAACCACACUUGCCCUCCUGUUCUUCCAUCUAGAUCUGUAGCCUCACUCUGUGUAUUCUGGAUUACAGGUUUCAUAACCUUGUCUCAUGCUUUUUUUUUCUCAAAAUGAUAUGUUUUUAGACUUCAGUCAGUGAACACAAGUAUAAGAUAAAAAAUAGCAAGACCCUUGAUUAUCCAGAUUUGCUAAGUCAAAGAGCAAAUCAGACAAAGGACAGAUAUCUGGAAAAUCAGUGUGGGGCUUCAGUGAUAUCAUUUUUGUAAAGCGUUUCACGGCAUAACCAGGAUUUUAAACAGGCUCCUCUUUGCUAUCCCCCUGCUAUUCAACACUGAUAAGAGUGGUACUGGAGCCCUUAUGGGAAUGCCACUGAGUUUCACUAAUUUCUUAACUUGCUGUACUCAGCAGAUGUAUAGAAAAUGUAAGAACAUGAUUACAUUCAUCAAUAAAGUAUUUGUACAUAAA